GAGUGCCACCUAUGCAUUGGGGCCUCUUUUAAUUAAUACAAAAUUGAGGUUACAUCUUUUCAAAUGUUCCUCAAUUAAUAUAUAAGGGAUUUGUAUAAUAAUAUCUAGAUUUUUAUUUUGAGGAGGCGAGAGAUUUUUCUAGAAUUUGGGUUAAGUUUUGGGUUAAACAUGAUUAGUAAAAUUUUAGCCCAAUCAUAUGACCCAAAUCAAGUUUAACUUCAAUAUUAGAAGUCAAGCGCCUUAUCCAUUAGGCCAUGGGUGCUUGUUGUUUCCCUUACUGAUCUCUAAAUAUCUAGACAAUGAUUUUACGAUGGUAAAGUUCGUUACAAUAUCAAGAUAUUUCUCUUCCCGCCAAAACUUGGAGAUCAACAGAAAUAACAGCAAGCACCCAUGGUGUUACGAAUAUUAUAUUGUAUGUUCUAUGCGAUUUCUUAGCCUUCAUACAAUAGCAAGAUCUUUUUCUUACCGCCUAAACUUGGAGCUCGACAAUAAGCUGGAGCUAUUGGUGUCGGAACAACUCCACGAUGAAGCAUUGAGACUGUACAAGCAAAAUAUCCAUCCUUCAGGCACUAAGGGCUUCACAGCGAUCAUUUCCUUCUAUGCAAGAAUAUUGAGUUCUCUGCUAUCUGCUUGCGAGCUUUAUGACACCCUUGAUAGUUGCGCAAAACUUUAUUGCAAACGAGCUAAUCAAAUCUGAACCUGACAGUUAUUUACUAUUCUUUACUAUUCAUAUAUAUCUUUUUACUUUUAAUUGUCAGACAUAUAUACUUUUUACUAUUCUAUACUUUUAGAACAUGAUUAUUGGGAGGUUCUUAGAGUGGGGUUCUUAGCGGAAUAUAAGAACCCGUCUCUUAACUUUUAAAUAAAAAAACUAAGAACCGUCUCUUAAAACUCUUAUUUAAGAACCGGUUCUUAGUUUUUUUAGUUAAAAGUUAAGAACCAGGUUCUUAUAUUCCGUUAAGAACCUGACCCUAAGAAUCCUCCAAUAAUCAUGCUAUUACGUACUGUUUCCGAGUUGUUAAUUGAAUCAUUAUUUUAUAUUAAUAGUUAAUACCAUGAGUUGCAGAUUCUUAUUAAUUUUUGUAUAUUAUCUUUGAAUUCAAAUUUUAAAUUUUGAAGUAUUUUUUGUACUUUGCAAGUUCAUUAUAUGAACGUGACUUUUGCAACAAAGAAACUGCAUGUGGCAAGUGCAUGAACAUUUUUUAUUAUUUGCAAAAGGAAAAACAAAAAGUAAUGAUCACCACUUUAAUGUUGUAAGCUUUUUACACCAUAUUAAAACCAAAAGUAAGGCUUCCCGACGUAUUAUUGAUCUUAAGCAAGAAAAACAAUGAGAUGUAGCAAUAAAAUAUUCAAAGAUGAAGAAGACCAUUAGUGGGAGGAAGUUUAUCCUCUGUGGCUCUGUCUCCACUCACCAAGGCUAAAGAAGUAGAGAAAACAUGAUGAGCUACAAACAUACAAACUACUAUCUCUUCUUGAUUCUCUUCAAGCUGACAAUCCUUUAUACCGCAGAUUUCGCUGCUUCAGAUUGCCUGCAUGAUUGUGGAGGUAUCGCGAUCCCUUUCCCUUUUGGAAUCGGAAAAGAUUGCUAUCUUGACGAACAUUACAAAAUUGAAUGCAAAGAGACCCCUACUUCAAGAAAGCUCGUCCCUGUCCUUUCAUCAUUUGAUCUCGAUGUUGUGAGUAUCACUCUUCCUAUUCCAAAAACAGAUUAUAGGUAUGGUUUUUUGGAGACUUCUAGACGGUACGGUUCAGUUCGUGUCAAAAUUCCGACAAUAUCAACAGGAUGUCCCAACGAUGGAAACAAGACCGGAGAAGAACUAAUAAUGAACUUGACCGGUAGCCCUUUUUUCAUUGACGACCAAAACAGCCUCGUCGCGGUUGGUUGCACCAGCAGAGUGUCGUUGACACAAAUAAAACCCAACACGGUGGUGUGCGAGUUGAACUGCAACACGAGAAGAGACUCUCAUAUGAUCAACAACAUCCCUUUUCUCAAGAAAACAGAGUGCUAUUUCGACCUUUUUCCGCCUACUGACAGUGACGAGAUUUGUACCGAAGAAGAUGCAAAGGAAAUAGAAUGUGAUGGUAACGGAUGUUGUCGGGUUGGACUAAGCGAGCCUCAACAAGUUGUUGGUAUCGAUAUAACGAGUAAUGAUGAGAACUCGGCAAGUUGUAGAGUUGCUUUCUUGACAGAUGAAGUCUACAAUUUGUCUAAUAGCACUAAACCACAAGAACUAUUUCAUAAGAGAGAUGCUACAGUUACUCUAGGAUGGGUAAUCCAGACGAAUAAGACUUCGUUCCUCAAGUCCUUGAACUGCCAGUUCGGAAAAGAUAAUGGCAGUUCAACCACUUACUCUGAGCCAAAGUGUACGUGCGGAAAAAUAACCAUAUCUGGGAUAAUUUAUGCAAAUUGUGAGUGUAACAAAGGUUACAACGGUAACCCAUAUGAUAAAGACGGAUGUAAAGACAUUGACGAAUGUAAAACUAUACCCGAAAUAUGUGGAAAAGGAGGCAUUUGUGAGAAUACUAUUGGGAGCUUUCAAUGCGGUGGUGAUAAAACAAAAGCAAUAGUGAUAGGGGUGGGCGCAGGUUUUGGUGCCUUAGCCUUAGUUGGUGGAGUUUGGUGGUUUAUAAAGUUUCUAAUAAAGAGAAGGAUGGAAAAGAGGAAGAAGAAGUUCUUCAAACGAAAUGGCGGCUUACUAUUGCAACAAAAAUUGAACACAAGAGAAGGCAAUGUUGAAACGACAAGAAUCUUUAGCUCCAGAGAGCUAGAGAAAGCCACUGAAAACUUCAGCGAGAACAGAGUUCUUGGACGUGGAGGUCAAGGCACUGUGUACAAAGGUAUGCUCCUAGAUGGUAGGACCGUUGCUGUCAAGAAAUCCAAAGUUAUCGAUGAAGAUAAACUACAAGAGUUCAUCAACGAGGUGGUGAUUCUCUCCCAAAUCAACCAUAGACAUGUAGUCAAACUCUUGGGAUGUUGUCUUGAGACAGAAGUUCCUAUGCUGGUUUACGAGUUCAUCAUAAACGGAAACCUUUUCAAGCAUAUUCAUGAAGAGUCUGAUGAUUACGCUAUGGUAUGGGGAAUGCGUCUACGCGUUGCUGUGGAUGUUGCAGGAGCUCUUUCUUAUCUUCAUUCUUUUGCAACUUCUCCCAUUUAUCACCGAGAUAUCAAGUCAGCAAACAUACUAUUAGACGAGAAGUAUCGAGCCAAGGUGGCUGAUUUUGGAACAUCAAGGUCAAUAACAAUAGAUCAAACUCAUUGGACAACGGUUGUAUCAGGUACGUGAUAGGUUUAAGAAGGUGUAUGUGCGUAAGAGAGGAGGGAAAGAAGUGAUGGAGUCUGAUGAGGAAGAGAGUUGAAGAUAUGUGGAAGGAGUUUGAAAUAAAAGGAGUGCAGAAACUUCUAGUUGGAGUGGAGGCUUUGCAGUUACGCAGGGAGUUGUUAUAAAUAGAGAUGGUAUUGCUUUUGUAGAGAUUAUGCUUUGUAUGUUGUAACUCACAGACGUUAUGAGUCUUGAGCUAACAGUCGUUAUGAGACUGACGUGAAUGGUGAUCUCGUUAUGAGAGUGAACCAGGAUCGUACUACAAAGUUGUAACUCUUUACAUUGGAAUACGAAGUAGAAGUUCUUAGUC